UUCAUCAUGGCCCGCUAAAGAGCAACCUUUGAUUUUAUAAUCUCUCGUGUCAAAACAAUGCCACCGAAGAAAGCCGGGAAAUCAAAAUCAUCUGUUAAGUCUAAACCCUCCGAAAAAUCCGAAAAGGCUCCUGGCAAAAAAGGAAAAAAAGGCAAGAAGGGCAAAAAGCAAAAGGUGGACAAAAAUCUGCUAUACUGUGACGACAAGCACUUCGAUCCGGAGCUGGCCAUCAUUACGGUGGAACAUUGCUUGAAGUGUCCCAUCUACCGAGAAAUGGCCGAAAAAAUCUACGCCGAAAUUUGCUCAACUUUUCCGGACAGCAAGUUUAAGUUGAUCCGGAACGAUUUCGAUCGUCUGGAAGCCCGAGAAGGUGCUUUCGAGCUCUUCCUAGCGAAAAACUGCCGUCUACCGAACCAACAGCUGUGGAGCGGCAUAGAUCGAGGACCUCCUCGGCGGGAGAAAUUUCCACUGGAUGUAACCACUUUAAUUCCACUGAUCGAUAAAGAACUAAACACACAAGACAAUAAAAAGACAUUUUUGAAAACCCUCUAAU